AUGGGUCGCGGACUUUUUUCGUCUGCCAGUUGGCUGUGGCUUGCCGCCGGACAGGAAUUUCCAACAAUGGAGACAUGGUCUUAUGAGUACCCAAGGCAGCAAUACUGGAAGAACAUUGUUGACACGCACUGCGCGUCAACGUACCAGUCCCCGAUCGACAUUCCAAAGACUCUGAACUAUGUCGACCACGCAAACCUUACGCAGCUGACCGAAGGAGUUGGAGAAAGACUUGGACCUUUUGCCUGGAGUCUGGCAGCUCAGACCUUGAAUGUCACCUUACACCCAGGGCCUCUGACAUGGGAAGUGAAAUUGGUGAACCCUGAGAGCGUUGUGGUUCAAAUUGGCGGUCUUGACUACAAGCUGGAGUCUAUGACUUUCAAGUCGCCAUCAGAACACACUGUACAGGGUGGCCACAAUGCAAUGGAGAUUCAGAUGCGUCACGUGGCGAACACCCUCUUUGGGGGUGAGAGGAAGGUGCUGAUGGUUUCAGUGAGCUUGAGAAUGGCAGAGAACGGUGGCAACGCCUUUUUGUCACCCAUCUGGUCAGCCAUGCCAGCAGAUGGCAAAGGAGCCCCCUCCACGUAUAUUGCCAACCCAUACUUGGAACUCGCUCCUCCGGACAAGUCCUUCAUUCGAUAUACUGGAACCACAACCGCUCCUCCCUGCGAGCGAGCAGAAUGGAUUGUAUUUAUGGAGCCGGGCUAUGUCGGGAUCCCGCAGUUGCAGCAGUUCAGAUCCAGUAUCAGUGGCUACCAGCCUUCCAGAUUAGCCCCUGCCAAUGGCACUUUGCCACUUGGAAUAUCGAAAGCUUGGGACACUCGAUGGGGGCGAAACAAUCGCCUGGCUCAGGACCUGGGAUUACGCGAAGUUCAAAUGGUAGAGAUGAUGAACGCCGACCCGAAUGCCGUUCCAAAGUUGACGGUCAUCGCAGGCAUGGCAGGGAAUUCAUCAUGGGAGCAGCCUUAG